AUGGUUGCAGAAGGUGCCAGUGGCACCAUUGGGAGGCUCGAAGCCGGUGCCUUGGCACACAGACGAUCAGUGUCAAACACGAUGGCCAAUCGACAGGCGGCCCACGCCGUGCUGGUGGAACGGCGGGUGCUGAUGGCUGUCACAGUCUUUGUGAGCCUUGGGCUUCUCUUCUGGAUAAUCGCAAUUUCCACCGAUUACUGGGGCAUUGUAGACGGGGGUAAGGGCAUCUACGUGCCCACCACCAAGCGGUACUUUUUGCAGUCGCAUUCCGGAAUUUGGAAGAGUUGUCGCAUGGCCUAUGAGAACAAAACGAAGGAAAUUGUCGUAGAUCCGUGUGUCUACCACAAACUCUUCCCAAAGGUCAAGCCUCUCCAUAAAACUUUUCUAGACUACCAGAGGACGGUGGCAUCCUUCUCAAUCAUCAGUCUCUUAAUAACCAUCAUGGGGUUGAGCUUCUCCCUCUACACCUUCCAUCACACACGAUAUAUGUACAAGCGCCUCGCUGCCUGCAGUCACGUCAUAGCUGCCGGCUGUGUUCUCAUUGUGAUAGAAGUAGCAGUGUCUCUGUACCACUACGAGGCAGCUCACUUACCCAACAGGCAUCCCCCCGGCUCCACCUGGAGUUAUGGCUUCUCCUUCAUGCUCGCCUGGGUCACCUUUCUCGCUGAGGCAGCUGCAGCUAUUGCCUUUGGAAUCUGCUCCCGCAAGAGGAAGAAAGAUAAAGCCCCAGACGACCAGUAUGCCAUUGAAGAGGAACCCACCAUUAUUGGCCGAUAGAACCAUACGCAAAUAUACCGACAGUAGUCACCAGCUGAAGUAUGGUACACGUCUGGCUCAUGGCUCGCUGCUUGCAGUAGACGACCCAGGUCAAGCAGGGGUUUGGUGGAUGCUGCAGCUCCUCCCGCUUGAAACAACUACAGAAAAACAAUGUGCUCAAAUGGAAGGGUUUAAGAUUAUACCGAGUAUAAUUAGGAAGCAGCAAAUUUUAAAUUGUACUUCUUUUUAUCUUCUUUUGUGCUGCCUAAGUGGCUACUGUCUUAUGCACCCCAUGCCCAACCUGAGAGAGGUUGUGCAAAAGAACCGGAUUACAGAGCUAACAGUGGAUCUUUGCGAGAGACUACUGCGCAUACCUACAAUAUCUACAUAACACAUGUAGAUACAAUCUCGACAAAACAUAAAUGUUAUCAUUUCCACUGAAAACUUUAGUCAUUUGGUAGGUUAUAGUCUCAUCAAAUAACAGUUCAUUCAUCUAGCCGGUGUAAAAUGUGGACACAAUUCCAAAUUACCUGGUAUCUUAGAUCAUCAAUAACAACAAAGAGAUUUGCUAUUUUCCUUAGACCAGAGGUUUCAUCAUGUCUGAUAAGGGAUAAUAAGAUUUAGCUGUCUAUUAGACUGGGUGCCAUAUAGAAUCUAAUAGAUUUUCUUGUAAAUAUAAGGACACAAGUCUACAGUAAAUAUAUCAUUCUUAUGUUAGUUCAUUUGAUGAACAUGGAGUCCCUACUGUUAAGAAUUUUAUACAUUGUAAAUAUUCCUGGGUAUAAUGUCUUGUUUUAUCUAUGUCCUCAAACUUAAUGUUGUUGUUGUUGUUGUUGUUGUUUUUGUUAUUGUUUUUAUUGUUAUUAUUUAGUACACACCAAUAAAUAUAUAUAGGUGAUUCUUUUCA